AUGAACCCGAGCUUUUUCUAAGAUCGGCCGCUGUAUUAAAAACUAUAUCAACGGCAGAGUCUAAAAUCAUUGUUAAUUGCACUUAAUCUAGUUUUGAUACUUUCAUAUCUGCCAAGGGCUUAAGGAUUAAUCAGAAUUGGAUCAAACUAGAGAGCUGCUAUAAAGAACUAUGUCUUUGAAAAUUCAGAUUCAUUUGCUUACUUUGAUGUGAGUUAUGCAGAUUAAGGAGACACUAUUCAAGCAGAUGGUACAAACACUUAUCAUUUCUCUAAAGUUUCUCAAAGAAGUGUCAGUACUUAUCAAUAUGUUAAAAUUCCUCAUAAUACUGGGAUCCCAGAGCCUAUUUAUGAUAAGAUUCAACUUUAUGGAUAUGAGAUAUAUGGUCUUUGCCAGCAUCAAGGAGCUCUUGACUAUGUGAUUGGCCUAAAUAUCAACUACAAUGAGAUUAGAGUUAUGAGGAUAUUUAAUGACACUACUUCAGGGUAUCAAUAUGUUAAGGAUUUCAAAAAGAUUGAUAAAGAUGAUGUUUAUAAAAAACUUGUUGGAGCUAUCUACGUUGACUGCUAAUACUCAGGAGAUUUCAAAGGUUAAAGCACUUAUGUGAUAGGCAUAGCUGGCACAUAUUUUCAUACUAAUAAGAUUAGUAGCUACUAUCUAGCAAAAUUCAGCACCAAAUAUAAUCUUACUGAGUAUUUCGUUUUAUCUGAAAAUUAACAAAUAAUGGAGUCUGUAAGAGGAGUCAAAGUUGAUCUUGACAAUUAAAUUAUUUAUUUGGCAGUUGAAAUCAAUAAGCAAAAGUACUUUGGAAGAACAGUUUACUAGCCAGGUAACUUGCCAGGAGAGGACAACGCUAAUGUUGCUAUUCAUGGCUAUAGUUGGACUCAUGGAGUGAGAGAAUGGACUACAGUGAUAGGAAAUGAAAACUAUACAGAUUCUUUUGGUAGAAUGGCUAAUUUUGGGAAUAGUUUAUUCGUCUUUUUAAAUUCUUACUCCACCAAAUAUUCGACAAAUACCAGUUAGACUGAUAUUUAUUACUACAGACUUAGAGCCUCAAACGGCUAUAUUGAAUCUUAAAUCAUUUAUGGAUCACCAAAGGAUGAUCGAAUUUUCGAUUUAAAGAUUACCUUUACUGGAUUAUACAUUUUGGCAUUGAUAGAUGAUUAAUUCAUGCCGCAUAAAGAUAAUGAUAAGAUGUGGGGAACAUAAAACAGUUAAGCUAAUCUAGCACUAAUUUGGAUGGAUUUCAAUGAUCAAAUAAUUGAUAUAGAAUCAGCUAGUUUCAACAAUUUACCAUCACCAUAUCCUUAGAAAAUAUUAGUCCCAAGAACUAUUGAGACGACCUAAAGCUUUGUGUUUGUAGCACCAAGAACUAAUGAUCCAAUAGAUAUAAAAGGAGGUUUUAUGAUUACUUAUUAUAAUGAUUCAAAUCAAGUCUUCUCUCAAAGUAUUGGUUGUGGAUCAACUUGCUCUAAAUGCAGUCCGUUUAACAUUGGUACUUGUAUCAAGUGUAAAAUAGGAUUUUAUAUGUUUGAAAAUCUUUGUUACGAAGGUGGGUGCCCUGAUUUUUCUUAUCCUGUUUUUGACAGCUUUGGAAAUGAUCUCAAGUAUUGCUAGCAAUGCCAUUAUACUUGCAAAACUUGUACUGGCCCUACAAAAGACGCUUGCUCAACUUGCUGCACUGAAAAUAAAUGUGGCCCUAUUUAUAAUAGAGCACCUUAAUUAGGAAAAUGUGUUUGCCCUGUAGGUCUGAUUGAUUCAAAUGGAUUUUGUGUUUAAAGAUGUACAUUGAAUUUAGCGGGGAAAAGUAAUGAACUAUGCUAUCCCUAAUGCCCAUCAAACUCAUAUCCAUUUAUUCAAUAUGAUUAAGCAGCCCAAGCAUAAGAAAGAUCUUAAUAUGAUUCAUCUUCCUAAACUGAUUGCUAUCAAUCCUCUUAACAUCUAAGAUUUUCAACGUCUGGAAAAGGAUUAGCAGUCUAAGGAUAGCCAGAUUUAACAGAAAUGCCGCAAUAAUAUACUAUAGGAUUUUGGGUCAGGCCAAUCGCCCUAAAUACUGAUUCAUACUUUAUUAAUGCCUAUGGAAGAGUUUUUGUCAAAGCUUAAAGUUCAACUUAGAGAGUAUUCUUUAGCUUUAAGUCAGGAUCUAACACUUUUGUAGAGCCUGUUUAUACUAAUGAUGCAAAAUAAAGAGUUUCAUUAAAUACGUGGAAUUAUGUAGUCGUUGCUUAGAAGACUGCAAAUAUCAACAAUGUUCUAAAAUUUGAAUAAUAACUAGCAAUUUCAAAUACUAAUAUGGGUCAGGUUCAAAGUGCUGGAUUCGAUAACACAAAAACCUUUGUAAAAUAUCCAAAUAUCUAAAAUAUAAUUUACAUUGGUGCUUAUUCAGAUUAGCAGCCGUAAAGUUUUACUGGCUACUUGAAAGAGUUGAAGAUGUUUAACAAAUAUCAUGGAUUCCCAUAAAUUCAAGAUGAAGUUCUAAGAAUGUAUAGAUAUUACUCUUUUGAUGAUCCUAAUCUUGUUGCCUAUUGGAAGUUUACAGAAAAUUUUAAUGCUAAUGAAACGUUUUAUAGAAUUAGAGAUUAUAGCAUUAACUAAAAUGAAGUUAGUUACUACAAGCAAACCAAUCCUGACUAUCCAACUUAUGUCAAUGAUUAGUCUAUAGCUCUCAGUUUAUGUAUAUUUCAUGAUGUAGCAGUUUGUAGAACUCCUGAUUACAAAACCACUCAUCCUAUGGUGAUUGAGGCUAGGAGGUUGACAUCAAAGCCAACUUUUAACUUUAAGGAUUCAUCAACUUUAACAAAAGCAUAAGGAGAUUAAGUGUGGUUUAUCCCAAAUAAUACUCAAUGUAUUCCUUAAAACAUUCAAGCAUUUAUGAAUUACUCCACUGGAUUUGUUAAUGAUUGGCUUAUAGUAGAUUCCAAUUUUAGUCCAGUCAAUCUCCUUGAGGGAGUUCAUUACUAAAUUUGCUACUAUAUCGCAGCAUAGAGAGUUGCCUUUAAUGUAUACUAGACCUAUGUUGUAAGCAAACCUAAAACUGUUGAUCCGUCUAAUGGUGAUGCUUUUAUGUCUGAUGGAGUCACAAGAACUUGGAAUUCACUUGAGGGUGAUUAAGGAUAUGGAGAUGUUAUUAAGUUUUCUUUAGAUUGUUCUGCUCCUAGUUUCGAUGAUUAUGAAAUGGUCAGAUCUAAUAAACCAACAUAUGGUUAACAUGCUAUUAAGAGCUUUUCAUAAGCUGGAGAUUUCUUCUUCUGUUGGUAGCCAUCUUUUCUAUAAGAGAGCACUGAGCCAUACUAUCAAUCAAUAUAUGACCUGAAGUAUAGAAUUAUAGGAGUUCCAAUGCUGACUACAUCUACUCCUACUGUCUUCAAUAUGAAUGAAGAUCUAGUGAGGUUUGACUUGGUUGGUACUUUCGCAGAUGGAGACAAAAUAGCAUUUUCUUGGAGAGGAACAAUUAUUACUGAUUGCAAUCCUACAAAUUUCUUAGGAAUCUAAUAUUCAAGAAAUUAUUUUAACUGGCCAAGUAUGUGGUUUGGUUACACAUCAGGAAUAUCUGGAAUCACAAAUUAUACUAAUGAUGAACUUCAUUUGUGCUACUUAUCAGCAGCAAAAGAUGCUCCUUAAUCUUGGUCAAGAAUCAAGAAGACUUCAGGAUUUUCAUAUUAAGCAUAAAUAAAAGAAUAUACUCUUCCAACAUUGAAUGGAAGAUGUCCAGAACCAAUAAGUUUUAACCCUUAAUACGGUUCAACUGAGCUCUAUGAGACAGAUAAUACAGUUAGAUUUACAUUUAAGAGCUAAGCAGUAUAUCCAUCUCUCUAGUCUAAUGGUUCACCAGGAAAAAUCAUAAUUUUCAGAGGAGCCAUAAGACCAGAUGGAUCUAUUACCAGAACUAAUGACAUACUCUGGUCAAAUACAGCUCUAAACGAUAUGUUAACACCAAAUCCAUUCUAGUAAGGUGAUUUAAUAUGUAGUGGUGCUGGUUCCUGCAGCAUCAUUCUCUCCCAAUAAGCUAACAAGAUGAAGGGAGGCGAAAUCUAUUAUUUGUCCUUUUAUAAAGAAUCAUUUGCUUAUAAGACUUCAGCAUCAUCAACUACCAAAUACUAUUUGUUUAAUGAUAAGACACUAGAGCCAGGGCAAACUACAGCUUAUGAUCAUCUCUUCUUUUGCAGAUCAUUUACGAUUAAUCCAUCUACAUAAUUGAUUAAUGGAAGAAAAUUAACUAUGACUGGACUGGAUCUAAGGAGUAAAUAAAUUAAAGCUAGAUUUUCUGGAAGUUCAAUAGCAACAGCUUUAUUUACAACAAAAUCUAUCAAUCUAGUCUUGUCAGUCAUUAAUACAGCCAGCUCAUAUUGUAUUAGAAAUCCUCCUGUAGCUACUGUAUAAAUAACUGAUGUUACUUAAACUAGCUUUACAAUUUAAAAUCUUGAACUCAGAUAAUGUAAUUCUGGAACAUUGAUGGCUGAUAUUUAAUUGAAUAGAGGAAUUCAAGAUUAGUAUGGAGUUUUCACCCAUGUAAGGAGUGAAUGGUAAAAAGGUGUUUCAUUGGGUUAGAUAGGAUGCCAUGAUUCAUGCAUGUUCUGCAAUGGCACCACUUUUGCAAGUUGUCUAAUAUGUCAAGAUUAGAAUCAGAAACUUCUUCUUGGAUAAUGCUUCGUUACUUGCCCCUAAAGUUAUCCUUAUUACAAAAGUGAAGAGGUUAUUAUGUAAAGAUUCUAAUACAAAACUUAUCAAUGCUUGAGAGAGUGUCCUCUUGGCUAUUACCCUAAUCCUUAAACAAAUGAGUGUAUGGAAUGUAAUCCUGAUUGUUAAACUUGUAAUAGUAACUACAUUUCAAGCUGCUUAACAUGUGAGCCUAUUAAGUAUGUAUUAAAUGGUAUUUGUCUCGAGUAGUGCCCUACUCCACAUCAUAAAAAUAAUUUUACUUCUUAUAAGUGCGACCAAAUAAGUGACACCUCUUUUCUAAAAGUUAAGAUUCAAAGUCUUGGUUAUAAAUCUAAAAUUCCAAAGGAUGUUCAGUAAUACCUUAAAGCAUCAAUAUCAAAUGAAGGAGGUGGAGAUAUUCUAUCCAUCUUAUGGGAAUAACUUGAGCCUUCUCCAGAUUAUGAUGAGAUCAGUGUUUUUACUACUUCAAGUCAAGGCGAUGUCUAAAACAGAGAAGCUGUAAUCAAAAUGAAAAUGACUGCCUUAAAUUAUAUGGCUUCAGAUUAAGUAGUGAAAGUAAAAGUGACAGUUCAGAACUCACUAGGAGAAAUAGCUUAUGAUAUUUAUGAAUUUUUCCAAAAUCAACCUCCUACUGUUGGCAAUAGCACCAUUACAGUACUAACAAAUCCUGGUUUAGGGAAUGGAACUAGUAUAGAUUCAAUAUUCAAAAUGACACUAACAAACUGGGAGGAUACUUUGUUUCAUGGAGAUGAUCCAAUGAAAUUUAAGCUCUAUAUGACAAUAAAUGGAGAGUAUUUCACAUUAACAGACUAAACUGAGGCAUUUGAAAUUUAUUAUAGACUUCCUUUUGUAAGCAAUAGUAUAACUUCAGGGGUAGAUUAAGUAAAAACCUUAUAAAUAUGUGUCCAGUGUAUUGAUUCAAACAAUGGUUAUGCCUAUGACUGUUAAAAAAUUUCAAAUAUCUAGAAUACUCCAAAGUAUCUAACUAGCACAAAUGAUCUAAUUAAGCAUCUCAACAAUUUGAAUUUUAAUGGAAAUAUGUCAAACUUGAUCUAUGCUUCUAAUUUAUUAUAUGUUGCAAUGGAUUCUCCUAAAAGAACAUCUUCUUCCCCAGGUAUUUGCACACUUGAUUAUCAUUGUAACUAUAAUGGAAUUUGUACCUCAAGGUAUGGCAAUCAAAGAUGUGUAUGUGAACUUGGAUUUUCUGGUACAUUUUGUUAGUUCAAAGAAUCAUAGCUUCAAGACUUAUAAAACAUCGAAAAAAGCAUGAUAUCAAGCUUGCAUACUUAUUUAUCAUAAAAGUAUGAAAUAACCUCAAAUGAUAUAGAAAUUGUGGCUUCAUCAUUUAGAGGAAUGUUCAAGGACCCAGAUCUAUCAAUUUAUGAUAACUUCUAACUAGUUAUCGACAUUAUAACAAUGAUAGGGGAGGCUUCAAUCUAUGCACAUUCGCCAUUGUCAUCAACUAUAAGAGCAAUAUAUCUUGAGUCUAUGGCAUCAGUUAUAUAUCUACUUCAUCAUUCUGCUUCUGUGAGAAGAGCGUUUCCUGAAUCAGAUGCACUAGCACUAGGCUUUACUUUAAGUUAGUAAUACUAGUAGCAAAACGGAAGAAUUUUAUAAAAGGGCAGAAAUUUGUUAAAUGAGGAUGUACCAUACCUGAUUGGGGGUAUGAGCAGUAGAUAUAUGUAAUAAAAUAGUAAAAAGAGAAAUCUAGCUGAAAGUCAAGAAGAUGUAGCAUCAGCUAAUGAUGAUUAAAAUAUAUAUUAGAAGUGGGGAAGAAUUGUUGAUAAGCAAUUAAAUCAAUUCAUUAACAAGCUAAUUCCAACAUUAAACCCUCAAAACAAGAAAUUUACUUUUACUUCUGAAGCUUUUGAUCUAUUAGCAUUUUCUUAAUAUGCCUCCGCCUAUAAAGAUCAAACUAUGUUUAUAAGAGAAAAAGAUUUAUAUUGGACAUUCCCAGAUUCUAUUUUUGAAAGAGUAUAAGGAUCAGCCUCAGAUAAACAUGAAGUGAACUUCAAAGCUCUAAAAUAUAGUGCAAAUCCACUUCUUUUUGAAGAGGAUCCAGGUGGUUUCGUUGAAUCGAAUGUCACUUAAUUAUCAUUCUAUGACUCUUCAAUGAAUCACAUUAAUGUUGUCUUGAAUGAUUAUGUUCUAAUCAAAGAACCUUAUAGAAAAACUUAAGGAUAUGAGAAUGAGUUAAUGAGAUGUAUGUCUUGGAAUGAGACUAAAUAUAAGUUCGAAAGUGAUGAUAGUUGCUCUGUUUAGCUAAUAAAAGAUAAUAUUCCCUGCUAUAGUUGUGAAGAGGAAGCACCACUUAAUGCCUAAAUAUCACUGUGCAGAUGCAAGCAUUUAUCAACAUUCGCUGUUGUUUAUUAGUAGACUUUUCCUUAAACAGGGAGAGGAGUAGAACAAGGAAUUUAUUCAGAUUUUUUCGCUAUGUAAUAUUGGAGAAAUUCUUUUGGUUAUUUUGCAGUUAUCACAGGUGUUGUUGUUUUCUUUAUUGGGUAAAUAAUUAUGUACUAUGCAGAUAAAAAGCUACAACCUCCAGUAAUGGAAAAACUCCGCGAGAGGAUUAGAAAACUUGAGAUGAAAGGAUUUACUUAGAAGCCAACAUAAAAAAAGCUUAUUGUAAAGAGAGGUGAUGAUGGAAAUAUCAUUUUCAUUAGAAAUAAUUUGGUAGGGGAAGAAGAGAAAAAUCAAGGUAAAAUGAUCGAUGAAAGUACUCCUAUUACUCACUUGAAGAAGCCAUCAGAAAGUUUGAAAUCAAAGAAAAAGGCUCUUAGCAACAGUAAAAAGUUUAAUAAAGAUGAUGAUAUGGUACAAGAGGCAUAAAUGCUUCCAGUUAAAGGUAAGAAAAAGCCCGCUGGAAAAAGUUAAAAGUAUCCUAAGGAUGAAGAUCGUGUUUCUACUGAUAAAGGGAUGGAUGAUGACCUCAAUAAUGAUUAGAGUAGUAUUUACAAUUAAGGCAACGAUGUUGUUGAUCAUGAUUUAUUUGAACAACAGAUGUAGAGAAGAUAUGAGGAGGAGAAGGAAAUUCAAGAAUUCGUCAAGCUUCAUGGAACUAGUUCAUCUGAAGAAGACAUGGAAGAGAAAAUGAGAAGUAAAGAGCAAAAAAGGUAUUUGAAAAUUGAAAAGAAAUCGAAAGAGCUGUAUUGGUAUCACUGGAAGAGUUUGCUCAUUCAUGGAAAUCAUUUAACUAGUAUUCUUUACAUCACAAGUAUACUUGCACCAAGACAUGCAAGAUGGACUCUACUUUAUAUGUGUAUUUUACUUAACUGGUUCUGGUGUGCAGUUAUUUAUAAUAACACUAAAGACCCACUAGAAAUACCUGAUUUUGUAUGCUAGAGAUUAUAAUUUUAUGAAUAUUAUAGGAUUAAAGCGCAAGAGAUUUAGCAGGAGAUGAACUUUGGAUAGCUAUUAUUGCUCCAUUUGGAACUAUUAUUUUGA